AUGAACGCUGAAGUACAAUACUUUCAACAUCUUGCACAAUCUGCUGGAACAGAUAGCCGAGGACGAAGAUACCCAGAAGGGUCUACAAUAAUUAAUAGCGAGGAAUAUCAACAAGUGCCCUACCCUACCUCUCCCAAUCGAAGAAGACCAACACCAGAAUAUACCGACUGGAGUUUUCUCUCUGAAUGGGAGAGGUCAACGCAACCAAAAAAGAAAUUUCCGGAUUCCCAGCAUAAAAUUUCUGAGAACCUUGUCAGCAACCUACAGAAACCUAUCCCGGAAUGCGAUACACAUCCACAAGCACAAGAUGAAUCCCACAAAACAACACAAGAAAUGAAGCAACCCCAACAACCGAGAAAAGACAAUAGAAUAUCCCAGAGAUACAUGAUUCCAGCUUCUAUAGUAAUAGGGGCCCUUAUGAUUUCCAUUUUCAGCCAUUCCUUCUUUUCGGCAGCGGAAAACUUCAUUAAGAAUGUAUUAGAAGCUUUUCUUAUACCUUUCGUUUUUCAUCCUGAUCAACUAUGCGCUUUGAUUGAGAUCCUCUAUGGAUAUUUUAAAUGUUUAGAGAACUUCCCUCAAUUUUAUUAA